AUGGGGAAGCCGUACUUUGGCAUGACGGGCACCGCGCUCAAUGCGUGGGUGAACGUCGCCGCGAUCACCGCGAUGACUCUCUUUGGCUACGACCAAGGCGUGUUCGGUGGCAUCAUCGUCACCGACUCCUUCCUCGAGGAGAUGGGGAACCCGGACUCUGACCUCCAGGGUACCAUCGUAUCGCUCUACGAUAUCGGAUGCUUCUUCGGCGCCAUGUCCACAUUCGUGAUCGGUGAGCCGCUAGGCCGGAAGAAGACGCUUAUUAUCGGCGUUAUCAUCAUGUCCAUCGGUGCUGUCAUCCAAGCCGCGGCGGUGAAUGUCCCUAUGAUGAUCGUGGGCCGGAUAGUUUGUGGUCUGGGUAAUGGGAUGAACACGGCGACCGCACCAGUACUGCAGAGCGAGACGACGAAGCCCUCGCUUCGCGGCAAGAUGGUGGUUCUCGGCAUGAUCAUGAACAUCGCUGGCUUCUCGCUCAGCAACUGGGUUACCUACGGCUUCAGCUUCCUCGAUGGCGACAUCAGCUGGCGAUUCCCUCUUGCCUUCCAGCUCAUCUUCUCCGUCAUCCUCGUUGGUACAGUCCCCUGGCUUCCCGAGAGCCCUCGCUGGCACCUCUCCCACGGCCAGGAAGCUGAGGGCCUCGCAAUCCUUGCCGCGCUCGAAGGCAAUGGCGCGACGAUUCACGACACGUUGAUCAUCGAGGAGAAGGAGGAGAUUGUAGAGGCAGUUCGCAUCGAGCGGGAGCAGGCGCCGAGCUGGGGCGAUCUGCUCCGUGGGCGGACGGGAAAUACGGGCAUGGUGAAGCGAUUGAUUCUUGGGGCUGGUACACAAUGGAUGCAGCAGCUCGUUGGCAUCAACGUCACCAGUUACUACCUCCCCUUGGUGCUGCAGAAUUCCGUCGGUCUCUCAAACACCCUUUCGCGCUUACUUGCGGCCUGCAACUCGGUCUCCUACCUCUUCUUCUCCUUCGCCGGCCUCUGGCUCAUCGAGCGCGCCGGUCGACGGAAGCUGAUGAUGUGGGGCGCUGCCGGACAGGCUGUGUGCUACAUCCUGAUCUCGGCGCUCUUGUCGCAGGCCAGUGAUCCGGAGAACGGCACCAAGUUCGGUGCGGGUGCGACAGCGUUCUUCUUCGUAUACUACAUCUUCUUUGGCAUCUGCUGGCAAGGCGUGCCAUGGCUAUACCCGGUCGAGAUCAACUCGCUGGCGAUGCGCACCAAGGGCGCGGCGGUAGCGACCGCAAGCAACUGGAUCUCCAACUACUGCGUCGUGCAGGCGACGCCGCCCGGCAUCGAGAACCUCGGCUGGAAGUUCUACCUCAUCUGGAUGUCCUUCAACAUCAUCUUCGUGCCUCUCAUCUGGCUCGUCUACCCCGAGACGUCGAACCGGCACCUCGAGGACAUCGACCGGCUGUACCGCGAGAACCAGGGCAUGGUGUUUGUGUUCCGCAACAAGGACGCGACGUCGAUGCAGCGGCCGACGCACUAUGUCGAUGUGGAGAAGGAGCGGAUGCACCCCUACGCCGCAUCGCCCGGUCGUAGCCAGGGAAGUCGAAGUUGAGACGAAUACCCUCAUGAUUUUGUAAUGUACUUUAUCUCUCGUUUAUCCUGUUGUACUUUUAGAUGAUCCAUUUUCAUACGUCG